AUGGCUUUCGCUGGAAAAUAUGAGCUGGAGAGUCAAGACAACUACGAGGAGUUUCUGGAAGCAAUUGGGCUUCUCAAUGCCAAGACAGACCAGAAAGUGGUAACAGAGGUGGUUCAGGACGGGAAUGACUUCACCUGGACACAAACCAUUCCCAACUGGACCUGGUCCAAUGAGUUCACCGCUGGUAAGCAAUGUGAGCUGACAACAAUGACGGGCAAAAAAUUCACGGCUACUGUCACUGUGGAAGGAAGCAAGAUGUCCAUUCCGUUUCCUCAGUACCACCUCACAGCAGAGGUCAUUGGGGAUAAGCUAAUAGUGAAUUGCAUGACUCCAGGGGAGAAGGGAGUGACUUUCAAAAGGAUUAGCAAAAGGAUCUAAUGCUGACUCAACAGGC